AUGGAAGAGAUGACCAAGCUCAAAGCCGAUGUCCUCAUGAACCAAGCUUCCAAUGAGAAAUGCCUGAAUGAUUUGACGGAAACCUUGCGCAUUUACGCGAGAGAGAACCGAGACCUUGCCAGACUCAUCUACCGUUUCUUCGAAGAGAUAGACGCCAUCUGGAAGGUACUCGGAAAGGACAGAACCUCCAACACCGUACUUCGUGAACACAGAAUUGAAGAAGGAAUUGUCGAGGAAGAAGAGAAACACGAAGAAGAGGAAGAAGAAGAAGAGGAAGAAGAGAAACACGAAGAAGAGGAAGUUUGGGCAACCCUUGUUGCCGAUGACACUUACGAAAUUUCCCAACCCUACCCAUACCAAAUCCGCAACAAGGAGACAGGCAAGGUUCUUACCCCAGUCCUCAACAACUUGGGACACUUGAACCUUACCCUUCGGAAUCGCGGUUCAAUUUCCAUGGGCAAGCUUGUCGCAAUUCAAUGGGUUCCAAAUCCAAACAAGAAGACGAAGGUCAGACACAUUGACGGUGACAAGCUCAACAACCGUAAGGAGAACCUCGAGUGGUUCUAA